UAUAUCUUUUAGAAUCAUAUCCGCAAAUUUCUCAGAGAUGGAUGAAGAAUACCCAACAUUUGCACAGGUGGGGAAACCUCUUACUUCCAAGAAGCGCAUGCAAAAGAAUAAGAAAAAACAGCAGGAAAUUUACUCAGAAGUGGAAGAAUAUCCUUUAUACAUGAACCAAACAAAGAUAAAAACUGAAUCACCUAAAGAAAAAGAGUCUUCAGUUCCCAUAGCCUGGCGGCUCACGGUAAUGAUUCUUGCAAGCUUGUGCUUCUUUCUCUUUUUGACAAAUGGAGUGCUGGGUUUCAUGGUUUUCCAGGGUUUCCCGACAGAUCAAUCACCGAAGUGUCCUCUGGAAAAUACAACACAAGAGGACGAGUCCCAUGUUCAAAGCCUGCCAUUCACAUUGGAACCAAUCUCCACAGGAGAAAAUAUUGAAUAUAAAGAUAAAUGGUCAUGUUGUGGACAGAGCUGUUAUUAUUUCUCAACGAAAGUAAAGAACUUUGAAGACAGUAGGAAAUUCUGCAAAGAAAUGGAUUCCACACUUCUCAAGAUAGAAGACCCACAGGAACUGAACUUUAUUCAAAGCCAAGUAUUUUAUUUCACUUGGAUUGGGUUGUCUCGUGAAGGAAUCAGUAGACACUGGACAUGGGAAGAUAAAUCAACACCCUUUCUUACAAGUGCUUGGAAAGACUCAGAGAUUGGAAACUGUGGAAGUCUAACGCCAACAAAGGUGACUGCUCUUGACUGUUCCAAAUUAACACACUGUAUUUGUGAAAAGAAAAAUGUUUGUCUUUCUACUAUGAGAUUACCACGUCCUCAACAAAAUGAACACAAUAAUUUUUCCUUAUAAAAACCCUGACCCAUGGAAGUGUGUUUUGGGGUGUCUCUGAAUGAUUGAGAUGAUGGAAACAUGAAAAUGAGGUGCCACAGAUUCACAAAUUCUUCUCCUUUCACAUGAAGAUAAUCUAUACACACCUCCAAGUGUAAACUGGUGAAGUAAAAGAGCACGGGAAUUUCUGAUGAGGACUAAAGAACCGUGGUUCUGCACAUCUUCUGCGUGCAACUCACUCAAAUGUAGAGUCUUCUACAAACUUCCAGAGUGACCAUACCCAUUUGGUUGAAAUAGUAAAUAAAGUCAUGAUUCUGUAUGAAGUGUUGUGAAUUAUCCUAUGAUACAUGAUAUUCUAAGAGAAAGACAGCAUGGUGUACUAAGAAAUGGAACUGUAUCUUAUGAGUGUACAUCUCCUACCUACACCACACCCAGUACUUCUCUGCUCAUUGGCAAAUGCAAUCUUUGACUCUCGAUUUCCUCUGAGUAAAAAUUUUCCAGACUGUUUUCCAAAGAAGUUGUGCCAUUUUGCAUUCCUACCAGUGAUACAGAAAAGUUCCAUAUGCUCAUAUCCUUCUACUAUUUAGAAUUGUGUGUCGGCAAAACCAUUUACUAAGGCCAUAUGAUAUUUAUAAGUUUAAUUUGUAUUUCUCUGUGAGUAAAGGAUGUAAAUAUC